UUAAUAGAUUACAACUAUAAUUGAAAGUCAUUUUAUCCCUAAUUACUUGGAGCAGAAUUAAGUAAGAGAAUAAGCUCAGAGUUCGUAAAAUAUUUAAGAUAUUAUAUUAAUGGUUUUGAGUUAACGGACUCGGGGGAAUUUUCUUUGAAAGAGGUUGAAAACAAUGAGCCGGAUCAACAGUUGAGUGGGUAUGUAAAUCACUGCUUUGCGAGUGAUUCAUUCAACCAUAAGUGAAUUAUCUUGAGAGGAACACUACAGAUCUCUAUAGAUUAAUCUACGACUUCCCGAAAUUAUUGCCAUUCAAGGCUAUUAGAAGCAAACUUUGCACUAAGGAGUUGUCUGACGAGUAAAGAAUCCUAAGCGGCGCAGAAGUUUCGACGACGAAGGUUUGCCGAAAGAAUGAAGGGAAUUCUGCUAAGUUUAUUCGUAGGAUUGUGCUAUUUGCACAGUGUACAAGGAUCUUGGAACUUAGAAAAAUAUCGUCGGUAUCAGCUUCUUAAGCGAGAAAGAGUAAAGUAUUGUAAUCAGGAAACUCCAAACUGCAAUCAAUGCCUUGCUAAAUCUGGCUGCUCGUGGUGUGGCAGGGAUGGGAUUUUCGAGUGUUCACCCAAGCAAAUCUGUCUUCAAAAAACAAGGUGCCCUUCGACUCCUCAACACGAACUCCUGGAAACUUAUUCCAGAGAAAAUGUUCCUUCUUUUCGCGACGUGAGUGUGAAUUUUAACCCCCAAAGUGUGGCUUCUGGUGCUAAUUCCUGUAGUGAGAGGGGAAAUUGUUCGUAUYGUACAAGCGCGGGCUCUUGUGUAUGGUGCGAAAAGACGAGAAGUUGUCUUCCCCACUACAACGUGAGCACCACAAACAAAGCUUGUGGCAGCGAUCUGUGGUAUAAGGACCAAUGCUUAUACAGCUCUAAAGUCAAGCCGUGUCCUGAACGUACCAGUGGAUGCAAGGAAUGCACGGCUGAUUCAGUAUGCUUUUGGUGCAAGGCUACUGGUAACUGUUCCUACUAUCCCCACGAUGCCUUUGUUCCUGACAACUGCCCCAGCGACAGCUGGUACUACAAGAGCUGCUCACAUAUGGAGUUAAUAGUUGUACUGGCGCCUAUUUUGUGUGUUCUCUUCUUCCCCAUCUUGAUAUUCAUAGUCAUUGCUAUUGUUCUGUGGUGUAUGAGACGAAUGGGGUACAAGGGAAUGGAUGACCCGGACAAAGCUGAGGAAGUGCACCAAUCACCGCCAAGAGAGAAAAAGCCGUUCAUGAUGAGUCACAAACCACCAGCGAGUAAAAUCGAGGAGUUAAAGAAGAAGUAUGGUUUAGAAGAUAAGCCGUGAAGUUCACUCGUCUCGCUACCGUGACUUGCGAGCCAGAAAGGUCUAUAGAGGUUUUGCACCAUCACGUGACGGCGCCAUAAUCCAGCUUUGACUGCCUGGGGUUAGAUGGCAGAACAAUAAAAUCCCUUUACUCUCGGAAAUGRAAUUCUUUCU